UCGCUCACAUGUCUAUUCACUCUACACAUCCCCGAUUCCCUUUCGCCUCUUACCACUCUACUUAUGUUGUCCACGUUGCUUGGACGUUGCGAAUUUGCAAAUUGCGGUCGAAGUUGUCACUGAUCAACAUCAAUUGCCCGAGUUUCCGUAUAAUUCGUCUAAAACUAAGUGCUCGGAUUAAUAAGUCAAUGAAAAGAGCUGCUUGUUUUUUUUUUUAAAAAUCGGAAUUUGUGUGUGAUGGACGACGAAAUAAUAGACGUGAUCACCGAAUGUAGUUUCGAUUAUUUGGAAUCCCUGUACGAACCGUGGAACAAGAUCAACUCGACGUCAUAUAACCCAAUUAGUCCUCAAUGGUUGAUUCAACUGGCAGACGAUUGGAACUCUGAACAUAGUGUACGCAAGGAUGAUUCAAGGAAAUUAAAAAAACGUCUGUCAGAAGAUGUUUGUGAUGAGUCCAAAUACCGGGAAAUUCUCAAUAAAUACAAAGAGAAUGAUGUAUUUGUACUACCAAACGGCGAAGAAAUAGUUAGGGUUCGUAAUGAUUCCAGCUCUGAUUCAGAAAUCGAUAUUAUGGAUGGAGAGACCAAUACUAAUGAUGUUGAGGAUUGGCAGUCGGUUAUAUCACAUGGUUUCACAAGAGAUAUAGAACACAUCCCAGCACCCACUCAAGAAAGACAUCUAGAAAGUAAUAUUAUUACUGCAGAUGAAAGAUAUUAUCAUCCAAACUUAUUUGGAAAAAAAGAUGAUAAAAAAUAUUUAAAAUUAAGAAAUACCAUAUUAGAUUUAUGGAAAGCAAACAAGCCAUGUUAUGUAUCAAAAACAUUUGCUAAACAAAAGAUGAAAAAGUGUGGUACAGCAAAAGAAAUUGGACAGGUACAUUCAUAUCUUGAACAUAGAGGAUACAUUAAUUUUGGAUGUGAUGAAUGUAAAUAUCAUAAAAAUAUUAAAAAAGAAUUAGCUAAAGCCAGAAUAUUGAAAACUCAAUACAAUUUAAAACCACCUCUUCUUCAUGGAAAAAAUAAAUCUUUUAAAAAAAUAAAGGCAAUGGGUGGUUACACAAUAUGCCAUGAUAAAACUUCAUCUCAAUGGGAGCAUAACUAUUCAGUCCCCAAACAAAACAAACGUUAAACUAAAAUACUUAUAUUAUAAAAAAACAUUUUGGCUGUGAAUGGGUUACAUUUUGGUAAUUAUUCAAAUAUUAAAUAUGUAUUAGUUUUUUAUAUUUAUAAUUAUUGUCUUAUUUUUUUUAAGAAAUGACUGAGGCAAAUUAAUGCAAUUAUAAUUUUCCUUUUUUUAUUAAAUACAUUAAAAAUAUCUAAUCUAUAAAUGUAAACAGAAUAAACAUCCAAAAGUAACCCAUAUUUUAAACUUAUUUGUAAAUAGUGUGUAUGUUAAAAGCUUAUAACAUAUGUAAUCUGUUUGCUAUAAUCGUUGACUAUUAUUUUUAUUGUUACACCAUUUUUAUAACUGGUAUGAUAUAAAAUAUCUGAGUAUAAUAAAUACUUGUAUUAAUUGUCUAA